CUCUGCCUGCAGACGGGGUGGCCCCCUGUCUCGACAAGCAAGCAGCUGCUCACUUACAAAACGUAAACACAGAAGUUUAGCCUGCUCAACUGUGGCCCCCCAGCAUGGACCCUACACCAGUUCUUAUCGACAACGACUCAGAGCGACCCGUCAGGGGCAUCCUGCCCUCCUCAACAUCUAAGGUAUGGAGGAAAAAAUGGCAGGACUUGAGAGUGAGGAUGGCCUGAAAGACAGUAGCACUAGUCUUACCAAGAGAGGGAAACAUGUGGCAGUCGAGUGCUUGACCCGGCAGGAACUAGAAACUAAAAUUAAGCAAUUAGAGGCACACAAUACACAACUUCGGAACUUACUCACCAAGAGUCAAGACGCUUCAAGUUUGAAGAAAAAAGGAGGAACAGAAAAGAGAGCUAAGAAAGAGCGACAUUUUGAUUUUACAAGGCACUCCAAAAGACAUGUGCUUUUAAAGUUUGCAUAUCUUGGCUGGGACUACCAGGGUUUUGCUGUUCAAGAAGACACUCAACAAACUAUUGAGAACCAGUUGUUUUCAGCUCUUCUCAAGACACGAAUGAUAGAAUCAAGAGAAACUUCAAAUUACCACAGGUGUGGUAGAACUGACAAAGGGGUUAGUGCAUUUGAUCAGGUUAUUUCCAUCACUCUUCGAAGUAAGUUAAAAUCAGGAGUUGGAAUCAUAUGCUCAGAGAACACUGAUAUGGCAUCCAGUAAAUAUGAUGAAGAAUCUGAAAUCAAUUAUGUGCAACUUUUAAACAAAGUCCUUCCUCAUGAAAUAAGAAUGCUGGCCUGGUGCCCAGUGCCAUUAGGUUAUUCUGCAAGGUUUGACUGCUCCCAUCGUACAUAUAAAUAUUUCUUUCCUAGAGGAAACUUAAACAUCAAGGCAAUGAAUGAGGCUGCUCAGAACUUGGUGGGAUACCAUGACUUCAGAAAUUUCUGCAAAAUGGAUGUGGGAAACGGAGUCGUAAAUUUUUGUCGUCGUAUCCUUUCAUUGGGCAUUUCUCCAGUGAGCUGUGAUGUACAGAGAAUACAAAAUCCUACUUUGCAUGCUGAAAGCCAUACUACAGAAGUACAGUAUAAUCAAAAUAAUAUUACCACAAGAUCAGGUUUUCCAAGUCUGUAUGUUGAAGAAGAAGCAGAUGUGAGGAAGGCAGCAAGUAAUACAUGCGAGCAGUGUGGAGAAACAGGUAGCAUGUGUAAAAUAGAACCUGGUAAUGAUGGAUAUGACAUGUGUGUAGCUACAAUUGAGGGGCAAGCUUUUCUUUGGCAUCAAGUGCGAGCAAUUAUGGCUGUCCUCUUUCUUGUUGGUGAAGGCAAGGAGAAACCUGAUGUUACAACACAAUUGUUAGAUGUUGAAAAGUAUCCAAGGAAGCCACAGUAUUGUCUUGCUAGUGAUCUGCCUUUAAACCUAUAUGGAACAAAUUUUGAGGGAGUGGACUGGCAAUGGGAUAAUGAAAAUCUGCACUGUGUGAUUAUUCAAUUGCAAGCACUGUGGAUGCAACACUCAGUACGGUCAACAAUGAUUAGAAGAAUGCUUUGGGAUUUGGAAAGUCGGCAUGCAAAGUCAAGUAAAGCAAAAGACGAAAAUACAUCGGGCGAGUGUAUUUUACCAUCAACACACACUGAGGCUGACGUGAAUAAGUUUCAUCAUGCUCAGAAUGCCAGUCUGACUCCAGGUGCAAGGGCCAAAGUAUACAGGCCUCUUCUUUCCAGGCCAACAUGCGAGAGCCUAGAAACGCGUGUCGAACACUACGUCAAGAGACAGAGAUUAGAACCAGACAUUCUUCAGAAACUUUCUUCGAGCGAUUCCAGACAACAAGAACAAAGUUGUAGUAAAGUUAAUAAAUAAGAUAGUAAUAUGUAACUGAAUAUAUUAAAAAUAAAAAUAAAUCAAAAGAAGGCACCAG